CGUGGGAGCGCGCGUGUGCGGGGUUGUGGAUCUGCAGGUGUCUCGCCUGGGUGUGUGCGUGUGUCUGGCUCCGAGUUUGUGCUGGGGUCUGCAGGGAGUGCUUGUGUCAGUCCCGGGGAAUGGUGGGGCUGUGGCCCGUCGUGGUGUGCGCGCCGUCCCCAUGCGUGUUUGUGUGGGGUUCUGUCUGUGUACGCCGCGCCUGAAGGCGGGUGCUCUGUUUAUGUGUGGUGUACCUGUGUUGUGUCCUCUGUGAGAGUUGUCUGUGUGUGCUGUUUGGGGGUGAUUCUAUGGGUCUGUAUCGCCUGCCUGUGUUAUAGUGUGUGGUUGUAGUGUGUUGGUGUGUUGCUUGAGUGAGCUGUUUGUGUUUACAUGUGUGUGUCUUGCCCGAUGUGCUGUGUUUGUGUAUGCUUGUGUGUCUUGCCUGUGUGUACUGUCUGUGACUGUCUGUGUAUAUCUCCAGGGCAUGUGGCUCAGCUAAGCGUUUGUGAUGGUGUGCCUGCCCAGUGCCAAUGUCUGUUUUCUCUCCAGGUGUCUGUGUGAGUUCUGCGUUGUGUGUGUGUCUGUGUGUGUGUGUUCUGGGGGUUGUCUGGUCUGUGUUUGCCUUGUGUGUCUGGCAUCGGCGUCUGGGAAUUGAGGAGCUGGGCUCUGGGGGCUCUGAACAGAGCAGUCAGUGGAUGUUGCUGGCAGCCUCUUGUAUGGGGCUGUGUCUGAGCCCGUGUGUGUGUGUGUGUGUGUGUGUGUGUGUUGGGUCUGAGGGGCUUGUCUCUGAUCGGCUGGCUCAUGUGUGUCAUGUGGGCUGCGUGUGUGUAGUGUUUAUGUCAGUCACGUGAGACCAGUGUUUUCUGUGGGUGCUUUAGGUGUGCGCGCUGCCAGGGCAGUGUAGGAUUAGAGUUAGCUGUAGUGUGUGUGUGUGUGUGUGUGCGCGCGCGUGCACGCGUGCAUUUGCGCGUGUGUCCGGGGCUGACAGUUGGUGAUGGUGUUUGCAGGUUGGGGGAGGAGGGAGGGUUGAUGUCUGCUGUUCUGCUGUUGCGUCUCUGUGUUGUUGCCGGCAUGUGGUGAUGCAUCUGGGUCUGAUGACAUGUGUCUGUGUGUGCCAGCUUUACAUGUGUCCUGGGGUCUGAGAGUUGGUGACAAGUGGGUGUGUUUCGGUUGUGUCGGUCCAUGUGUGUGUCCAUGGAGGUCUGUUUUGUGUUGAUAUGUGUGUGAGUCCUGAGGUGUGUAGGUCUUAUCUAUUGCGUGUGUGUUGUCGGGAGGGGCAUGUGUGUUUGAGAAGUGUGGCAGUGCCUAUUUGGUGUGUGUUUCUGUCUGUGCUUGUGAUGGCUGCAUAGUGUGUACGUGUGCGUCUGUGGGCCUAUUAACAGUGGCUCAGCAGGUGAGAUCCUGACAGUUUGUAUAUGUGUGUGUAUGGGGUGGAGGGGAUGGGUUGUGCCGGCCAGUAUGCCUUGUGUGGAUAGUUCUUCCUGUGGUCUGUGUGUAUGUGUGUGUCCACGUUUUGGUCAGUGUUUGUAUGUGUGUGUCCUGGGACAUCUCAAUGUUUUUGUGCAAAUGGGAGACGAGGUGGGAGGUCUGGCUGGCCAGUCCUGCGUUAGCCUUUGUGUGUGUGUUGUGUACCCUCCACACACACCCCUUUGGGUCCUGUGUGAGUCCCCGUGUGUGUUGCGAGGCAUCACAGUGCCUGGCUGCCCUCCCUGUGUGCCCAUCACUGUGUUCCGGAAGUUAAUCCCACCAGCCCAGGCCCUGUGUGAGUCCCACGUUGGGCCCCAGGGAGCGCCAUGGCCCGAGCACGCCAGGAGGGCAGCUCUCCCGAGCCCGUAGAGGGCCUGGCCCGCGACGGCCCGCGUCCCUUCCCCCUCAGCCGCCUGGUGCCCUCGGCCGUAUCCUGCGGCCUCUGCGAACCCGGCCUGCCUGCCGCCCCCGCCGCCCCCGCCCUGCUGCCCGCCGCCUACCUCUGCGCCCCCACCGCCCCGCCCGCCGUCACCGCCGCCCUGGGGGCCCCCCGCUGGCCUGGGGGUCCUCGCAGCCGGCCCCGAGGCCCGCGCCCCGACGGUCCUCAGCCCUCACUCUCGCCCGCGGAGCAGCACCUGGAAUCGCCAGUGCCCAGCGCCCCGGGGGCCCUGGCGGGCGGCCCCACCCAAGCGGCCCCGGGAGUCCGGGGGGAGGAGGAGCAGUGGGCCCGAGAGAUCGGGGCCCAGCUGCGGCGGAUGGCGGACGAUCUCAACGCGCUGUACGAGCGGCGGAGACAAGAGGAGCAGCAGCGACACCGCCCCUCCCCGUGGAGGGUCCUGUACAAUCUCGUCAUGGGACUCCUGCCCUUACCCAGGCGCCGCGGAGCCCCGGAGAUGGAGCCCAAUUAGGUGCCUGCACCCGCCCGGUGGACGUCGGGGACGUGGGGGGCAGGACCCUCCCACCUCCUGACGCCCUGGCCAGUGCGGGGGACUUUUUCUGCACCAUGUAGCAUACUGGACUACCAGCCCUGCCUAUCCCAGGGGCGGGCCAGGGCAGCCACUCCAGACCCAGCCCCGGCCUAGCCUGGGGGGCACUGACGGAGAUGUGGACUCCUGGGUCCCUGGCUGAGGAGCCAGGGGAGAGAGGGCUGACGGACUCAGCGUCUGAAGGCGGCGGUGACCGAGGCGGUGGGGACUGAGCCGCCCGCCUCUGCCGCCCAUCACCAUCUCAGGAAAGGCUGCUGGUGCUGGCUGCCCGUUCCAGCUGCAGGGGUGACACUGGUGGGGGGGGGGGUCUCUCUCUCUCUCUCCCAGUGCUCCUUCACUUUGGGCCUGGCCUCAGGCCCCUGGUGCUUCCCCCCCUCCUCCCGGGGAGGGGGCCCGUGAAGAGCAAAUGAGCCAAACGUGACCACUAGCCUCCUGGAGCCAGAGAGUGGGGUGCGUCUGACGGCCGCCCCAGCCCAGCGCCCAGCCAUCUUCCCUGAGCCAGCCGGCGGGUGGUGGGCAUGCCUGCCUCACCUUCAUCUGGGGGUGGCCAGGAGGGGCCCAGACUGUGAAUCCUGUGCUCUGCCCGAGACCACCCCCCGCCCCCCCAUCAAUCCCAUUGCAUAGGUUUAGAAGAGAGCACGUGUGACCACUGGCAUUCAUUUGGGGGGUGGGAUAAUUUGGCGGAAACCGCCCCAGCCUUAGUCCCCAGGGCGAAGCGCUGGGGGGAAACGGGGAGUCAGGGAGGGGGGGAAUCUCAGAAGAGGGAGGAGUCUGGGAGCGGGGAGGGAUGGCCCAGCCUGUAAGAUACUGUAUAUGCGCUGCUGUAGAUACCGGAAUGAAUUUUCUGUACAUGUUUGGUUAAUUUUUUUUGUACAUGAUUUUUGUAUGUUUCCUUUUCAAUAAAAUCAGAUUGGAACAGUGAA